CCGCCCGGCGGCCGCAGGCGCGCUCGGAGCCCGGGGUCCCCCGAGGAGGGCUGCUGAGCUCGGUGCAUGCAUGCACCGCGUCGCGCCUUGCAGCUAGGCGCAUCCGUUCCCCCAGCAGGGCCUCCCCCAUCCCGGGCGUGGGCCGCGGAGCUUCCCCGGCCCGGCUCCAUGUAGCUUCUUCCUUCCCCUGCCCGGCCUCUGCCCCGCCGCCCGCGUCGCCUCCGCUGCCCGAUCUGCCGCACCUGCCAUGGGGAGCGAGCAGAGCUCCGAGGCCGAGAGCCGACCCAACGAUCUGAACUCCUCAGUGGCCCCUUCUGCAAAGCACAGAGCCAAGAUGGAUGAUAUUGUGGUGGUAGCUCAGGGCUCCCAGGCCUCAAGGAACGUCAGCAAUGAUCCUGAUGUCAUCAAGUUGCAAGAGAUUCCAACUUUUCAACCACUUCUGAAAGGGUUAUUGAGUGGCCAGACCUCACCGACAAACACCAAGUUGGAGAAGCUGGAUUCCCAGCAGGUGCUGCAGCUCUGUCUCCGGUACCAAGAUCACCUCCACCAGUGUGCAGAGGCCGUGGCUUUCGACCAGAACGCGCUGGUGAAACGAAUCAAAGAGAUGGAUCAGUAUGUAGAAAGCCUCUUCAGCUUCAUGCAGGAGCGCCAGAAGCGCUACGCCAAGUACGCGGAGCAGAUGCAGAAGGUGAACGAGAUGUCCACCAUCCUGCGCCGCAUCCAGAUGGGCAUUGACCAGACGGUGCCGCUGCUGGAGAGACUCAACAGCAUGUUGCCGGAGGGCGAGCGCCUGGAGCCUUUCAGCAUGAAACCCGAGCGGGCGCUCAAGCUUUAGGGAGCACGGCGGUCCAUCCACCAGGCUGUGUGCAGGAGGCAGGACUGGGCUAGAGCAACCCCCGGAACU